AUGGCCCGUCUUGUUGUUCUCCUUUUAGCUGCCGUCGUGUGCGUCAGCGCCAAAUCUUUUAAAGGUGCGUACUACCGAAUUCGCUUUACUUCUUUACGUAAUAAUCAAAGUAGAAUUUCUUCUUGAUUAUCAUGCUAAUCGCGAAGGAUUGAGGAAAUCCGGAGCGAACUUGUCCUCUAGGGUUUCGCUAAGGUCAGAGGAAAUCAGUUAAUAUUUCAUGCUUGUGUUGUCACGGUUUCAAAUCACAAUUGAUAGGGAUAUUGGACAGUUUAUCGCUUCUUUAGAGCGAAAAAAAUCCUUUAAACAGAAUUUCUCCAUUUAGUUUACUUUCUUAAAAAGUUUCCAUGUACUGCUAUCUACACGACACAAGACAGUAAGCUGAACAAUUCAAAACAAAUUGUGUGAUGUCGCAGUACCUGUGUUGAAUAACCACGUGAUUAUAAGUAAAAUUGUAACGACCUUCGCCUUUACUAUUCCUAGUACCUCUUGCUGCAUGUAAAGGUUUUGAGACUUUUCUGUAAAGUUAAGAUGACAGUGGUGACAAAGUUAGAAAAUGAUUAUAGACACGGCUUUUGUAGAAUUUCUCAUGGGUUGGAGUAGUCUCCGGGGAAAAUCAUUCAAAAUUAAUAUCAUGAGUUGUUUAAAAAUUACUCAUAUUUGUUCUUACACUAAUACGGAAUUUAACAGAAGUGUAAAGUUAUACCACAUGAAUUCGUCGAUGAAGUGACCCAAAGUAUAACGUUGUAUCUCAACAGAAAAGAGAGGCGCCAUCCCAUGUGGAUACCAAUGCACCGCCCCAAUGUGUGCACCAACCUGCCCAACUUACUGCUGUGCCCCACCACCACCACCCCCUCCCCCACCACAGCAGAUUCACCACACCACCCACAUCCACCAUCACCACGUUCACCAUAUGGGACCUCAGGCUCCAGCUAUGCCUGCUGCUCCUCAGCCAGCACCUCCACCAGCCACCGUUCAGAGCCAGCAACACGUAUGGGAAUACAUGCCACCACCACCACCUUGCCCAUGUCCAGUCCCGGCUCCUCCCCCAAUAGUCGUGCCUGCCCCACCAUGCCCACCACCCUGCACACCACAAUGCUGCGCCCCCGCCCCAGUCUGUCCACCAGCCUGUCCACCCAUGUGCUGCAAGAAGCGAUCGUCAUAA